CAUGCAAGUGUACAUAGAUCUCAACAAAUUACGCGAGGUAAGUAUUCAAAACACAAGUCUAUAUUUGAUAAAGCUAAGAAUGCAGACAAGCGGUGUGGUGGAGUCUUGUACACAGAAUUUCUGGCGUCGCCACCCAGAGAAGAACUUUACCCGUUUGAAAUCUUUUAUCUUUCUGACCCACCAUUAUGGGAUGAGAGUACAGUGGCGAGCCACCAAUAUUCAACAAUAGGUCUUUAUAGAUCAAAUACGACAUUCGUGGUCGGUGACCACGUGUCAGUGGUCAUCAAAAUGUUUGACAGAAAGGGUAGACCACGACUGACAGGGGGAGACAGGCUAAAAGUUUGGCUGAAAGAUAUGAAGUUUCAGCACAGCAUAGGCGCCAACAUUACCGAUUUCAACAAUGGGACCUACAUGGCAACAACAGUUCUGCCAUGGGCAGGAACUGUGAGAGUUAUGGCCACUUUAAGACAGUCCAGAGAAUUUUUCAGAACACUGGCUUAUGUGCACAGGGUUUUUAAAUGCACAACCCCUUUCUAUGGAGCUUAUUCGAAUUCUCAGGCCAAUGAAAGUGUUCCUUGUAGUCCUUUCCCUGUAGUUCCUGGCUAUCAAAAGUCCGAGUUAUGUAAUCUGACGUUGGAAAACGGCUCCCCUUGGUUUUGUGGUCGCCCGAGCAAACGGGAACUCAAUUGUUCAGAUUAUAAACUUUUCAGUUUAUCAAGAUUAAACAUCACUAUGCCAAUCACCCCAGCAGAAGAUGAAUUACUAAAACAAGGGACCAGACAAAACAACUUCAUACCCGGGAACAUUAUCCUAAAUGUAACAGCAACAAAGUCUGGUCUCACAAGACUACCAGACCCGAAUGUUCCCUGCAAUAAAGUGUCUCCAAGAUCUACCUGGCAUCAGUCGGAACCAACUGGAUACUUUUACCACAAAGUCUGGAAACCGUUUUUGUGUUUUGUCCCUGACAAGGUUGAGCAGCUUGAUGAGUCGUGUCUGAGGAAUGUACACAUGAUUUUCAACGGUGAUUCCAACUCCAGAUAUUCAUACAACAGAAUGAAGUCCAAAGUGCAGUGUACGGAAACUGUAUUUGGUAAACACGCUCAGUAUUACCACGCACCAAAGACAUGCGAAAAAAAGCUGUGGAAUCUUUCAAUACAACACUUAUCUCAUUCAAGUCCUUUCCAGGCUGGCUGGGUCAGCCUGCUCAACUCACCUGGGAAAGUGUUAGGCACAGUUCCGUCAGAAGGACGUUAUGUCAUCAAUCUCCACCCUUUCCUUCACUUCACCAGCCAUCACAUCAGCGCCUACGAGAGGUAUCUCAGAGCAGUACGUGACGAAAUCAUCAGGCUGUUGCAUCGAAAUCCACACGUUCUUAUAAUUUUAAGGCCUCCAUAUGUCUAUGUACUUGGCGAUGCUUGGGCGCAGCAAUUUACUACAUUGCAGAAAGAGAUUUUCAUGGAUCUUCAAGACCAUAUUAUAUACUUCCCCUUUUGGGACAUAACUGUGGCAUCUGGAGAUACGGGCAUUCAUCCCCAAUGCAAUGAGCACUUAUCUGAUGUGAUGUUUCAAUUUACAUGUGGCAGACAGCAAUAA